CUUUGUGCUUUGAGGAUCCAAGAUGUUAAACAAGUGUCAUACAACCUUAUUCAUACUAGUUAUUAUCGCUCUGAGCUGUAUUGCCGAAUCCACCAAUGGUGUUCGCGAAAAUCCUCGACAGAAGCGUUCACCGAAGCCACAAUUUCCAAAGUUCAUAUACCGCCCAUUUGCGAAACUAAUUUCCAAGGUGAUUCCCAAGGUACAUAAGAAAGGGGUGAAAUUUGUUUCCGAUAAUCCUGGCAAGAUAGUGGGCGGCGGUGCUGCGGUAGCUGUUGUGAGUGUAGCAGCUGCCGGGAUUGGGAAGAAGCGACCUCGUCCUGGGUGUGAAGUAUACAUACGACAUCUAAAAGAGAAGCAACCUGUUUUCUUGGAUAUCGGAGCACUGAUGAUUCCCGUUGAUGGUUAUCUAAAUUGGAAUGUCGGAGACAAGUCUUGGAUUGCAUGUCCCUCGUCAAGUGACCAAAUGAAUUCCAUAAACGGGCUUUAUCGAGUGUCUGCCGAAAUUGAAUGUGUUGGUGGGCACAUAUUCAAAUAUGUACACAACAGCCACAUAAUAAAUAUCACUAACGUAUACUGUGAUCAAAGAGCCACAGGAAACGUUAGAAGAGACUCAAACAUUCAGUGUCCAGGAUCCUACAAAGCAGUUGGAUUCAAUGUGUCAUUCCCAAUCAUUGGAUACAAAUUUUUCGAUCUUUAUCAUUUAUGUUUCAACGAAUCAGCGGCAACUACUGUUUACACCACUCACACGUUAUAUGGAAAUGAAAUUUCACAUAAAUGCUAUUCAAGUAAACCGCAAUUCAAGAGCGCAGGAUUUUCCCAUAGGAACAUUUCAUGGGCAUACAAUAUUGCCUGGCAGAAAGAUGAACUCACCAAUCUGUUCAGAUCCUAUCCAAACGAAACCAAUCCACAGGGAUCUACAGAUGACUACUACAAUCUGAGCAAUUUACAGCGGGGCCAUCUCAAUCCGGAUGCAGAUCAGCUGUUCACCACUUGGCAGUGGUCGACUUACUUCUACAUCAACGUCGUUGGCAUGUGGCAGCAAAUCAACAAUGGUAACUGGAAGAACUUGGAAAACAACGUGCGAACACUGGCCGCAAAUUCGAGCAAAACUUACAAGAUCUAUACUGGAACAUUCGAUACACUAUCCCUUUGCUCGCGGGCGGAAAAUUGUCCUAAAUUCACGCUAAGCGACGGGCGAAUUCCCGUACCGAAAUGGCUGUGGAAAAUAGUGAAAUUCCCAGAAUUGGACGCAGCAAUUGCGCUGGUAGUCAGCAAUAAUCCAUUUGUGCAUGUCAAUCCGAUAUGUAGCCUUGGCGGUGAAUCCUAUGGAUGGAACUCGACCAUCAAUUCGAAUUUAACGAGAGGUGCAGUCAGUUAUUGUGCCGUAAACGAUCUUAUGCGCGUGGUUCCCACUAUUCCAUCGGAAGCUUUGGCCAACAAUAUAUUAUCCUUUGAAGUUUCGUAAAUAUAAUACAACGUGUGACAUAUUAUGAAGUUAAUUGAACUGCCGUAAUCUGAGAAAGUGACGUAAGCGACAAAUUUCAACAUGCUUGUUUUAUAUUUUUCUGUUAAAGAGCUCGAUGAGUAUUGGAAAAUGGCGUAUACGUUACUAUACGUCCAAUAAACAUAAUAAGAUCAGAAUCUCCGCCACAACUAAUGGAAUAAAAUUAAAAGUGGAACUGAAUUAAGAAUAAGUUUCAUAGAAGGAAAGGACCUUUGAAGGAAUAAUUGGCAUUUUCAAACGUAGAACCUAGGACCUUCAAGUAAAUUAUAAUAAGCCAUUCUAUUCCUAUCCGAAACUUGAAACAUUUUUUUUUAGAUUUGAGUUAUGGCACAAUUUUUGUAACCAGGAAUCUUAAUACUUAUUUUUAAUUACCGAAACACAAAACGGUUUAGUUAUUUUUCAUUCUUCUAAAAGUAUGUCACCCAGGAACAAAAAAUUCAACAACACAAAACUGCAAUUGCAGAGCGCCCCGACGCUACUCUUGGCAAUGACUUGCUUUCAGUACCACUUUGUGUAAUGAGCAACAGCCCGGCAUCUGGUACAUAAGCCGUGGUGGAGAACAUAUUCUGCUCUAUAUUUUUUUUCUUCCAAGGUCUUUCAUGAAUGGAAAAAAUUAUGCUUACUUUUAUCCGACAUUUGUGAACAAGCUGAUAUACAUGCAGUCAAACAUCCGUGAGUCGAUGCUCUAAGACUCGAUCGACUCAUGGAAGCAAAUUUUUAUUUUUAUUCCUUUGGAAAAUGGCAGCCAAAUAUGGCACCGGGGACCAUUCAACCCCACACCUCCUGCACUCCUCUCCCAUCAACAUUCGAAUACAUCGAAUAGCAUUGAAAAAAAAGUUUAAUAUUCAAAUUGCUAACCUCUUCACAGCCUAUUUAUUUACCUCUCGUGAUAAUGAACAUGUUUCUUCAAAGAGACCAAUGUAUUCCGGCUCUAAUUAUAGCAUAAAUCAGCAGCUUCGUGCCCAUUUUGUGCCAAAGUUGAACUGCGGUGUUGAACUUAAUCUAAAAUUUAAAAAACAUCUCAAUGAAGAAAAACAAAACCAAAGUUUUCACACACUUCUCCGCACAUGAGCAGCCUGAAAUGUUGAUCGAAUACAGAUUAAUCUUC